CACUCCAGACAACUGCCGCUAAAUUUGCCCAUGAAGGCCGGGAUUGCGUAGAAGUGGAGGUGAAGACCUCUGUUGAAAUCUAACGUAGGCACGGCCAUUUUGUUACCUUGAUCUUUCUUCCUCGCUAUAUACCCUUGUUGGGACAAUCAGCCAGGCCCAACAGUGAAGAUGGACCACCUACCCGAGCUGGGUACCGCCAUCCAAAACGUGGUCAUACCAACCUUCAAGCUCUAUGACCCUCUACUACAAAAGAACGCCGGCCACAUUAAGGCUACACCAAAGUCUACUCAUCAGUAUGGGCAGCACGAACGACAGGUCUUGGAUGUCUACUCGCCGUCCAAACCCAGCAUCAUCGACGGGCGGCGACCAGUGCUCAUGUUCGAAUACGGUGGUGGUCUGGUCAACGGAUCCAGAACAUUAUCCAUGUUUGGCAACGAACUCGUCUACGCUAAUGUUGGGGCCUUUUUUGCCUCAAAGUUCGGCUAUACCGUUGUGAUAAUCGACUACCGCUUGAUGUCGCAUGGCGCAAAGUUCCCUUCUGGUGGUCAGGACGUCGCCUUAGCCGCGGAAUGGAUUGUGAAGAACAAAGAUCAAGUCUCCGACAGUUGUCCCAUUGAUCUUUUCCUCAUGGGCAAUUCAGCUGGUGGGAUUCAUUUGUCUACCUUCCUACUUCACUCCGACUUUUCAAAGACCCGACACCAAGUCCUCACAGGCAGCGAUGUCAGGCUCAGAGGUGCAAUACUCCUAGCAGUGCCAUUCGACUUCGAGACUGCAACUUCGGACCGUACGGAAACAUUAGAGAUGUACUUCGGCGACUACCAAGCAAACAGCCCUCUUGGCCUCCUGAAAGCCGCCAAGCAGUCAGCGCCUUUUGACUUUGUGAAAGCGGGAGUGAGAUUGCUUGUCCUAGACGCAGACCUUGACCCGGAGGACGAGAUACUUAAGCCUCGGGACAGAUUCGUGAAGGAGUGGUUAGGGUUGACUGACAGUGCAGGUCGAGGCGCCCUAGCUGUUGACUGGAUUCUUGGACACAAUCACAUCAGCCCUGUCGCAGCUUUGAGCACGGGCAUUGAUAAGGAAGAAGCUUGGGGCUGUCAAGUUGCGGCUUUUUGCGACGGGAUUCGCAAGUUUGCGCCGCGGUAGCUAACAAGCGGUCAGAUUUCGCGACUUAGAGUAUGCCGCAGUUUCCAAAACGGUGAGCAGUCCAAUCUAAUCCCGUACAACCCGCGCAUCGAUCAUCGACCGCAACCGUGGC